AUGUGCAAAGGCUCUGAGGUGGGAGUGAGCCUGAUGUGCCUGAGGACCCAUGAGGAAGCUGAUGUGGCUGCAGUAAGCCAGAUUACACGACUGUCACAAAGAUCCAUCCUGGGGGUGCAUCAGUACAGAGACUGCCGCACCCUAUGGCCCAUUCUCAAACCUCUGGCAUGUCUUCUAGGCUCUGCUUCAGGCCCCAGGGACCUGACCUGCUACCGGGUGUUCAGCGCUGGUUACGAAUGCUCCUGGCAGUAUGAGGGUCCUGCGGCCGGGGUCAGUCACUUCCGGAGGUGCUGCCUCAGGCCUGGGUGCUGCUGCUACUUCGCCGCAGGAUCAGCCACCAAGCUGCAGUUCUCCGACCAGGAUGGGGUAUCCGUGCUCUAUGCUGUCACGCUCUGCGUGGAAUCCCGGGCCGCGAACCGGACAGAGAAGUCGCCUGAGGUCACCCUGAAGCUUUAUAGCUUGGUUAAAUACGACCCUCCGCCGGAAGACAUCAAGGUGUCCACGUCAGCAGGGCAGCUGUGCAUGGAGUGGGAGACCCCAGCCCGCCAGGAUGGGGCUGAAGUGCAGUUCCGGCACUGGACACCUGGCAGCCCUUCGAAGUUGGGUGACUGCGGACAUCAGGCUGAUGCUGGCUUCGAGUCAUGCCUCUGUCCCCUGGAGAUGGAUGCAGCCCAGGAAUUUCAGCCACGGAGGCGGCAGCUCUCAGCGGCAGCUCCGGGAGGUCCCUGGAGUGGCUGGAGCAGCUCUGUGUGCAUCCCCCCUGAAACUACCCCACAGCCUGAGGUGAAUUUCUCGGUGGAGCCCCUUGGCCUGGAUGGGAGAAGGCGGGUGGUCCUGCACUGGCAGCUGCCCCAGUUGGAGGCUCCGGAAGGCUGCCUCAGGCCCAGCUCUGGCAUGGAGGUGACCUACUACAUCCACCUGCACAUGCUGUCCUGGCCGUGCAAGGGCAAGGCCACGGGGAUGCGGCAUCUGAGGAAAGUGCUUAUGCUCUCGGGCGCCGCCUACAACCUGACUGUGGUCUCCUGGAAUUGCUUCGGCCCCGGCUCAAACCAGACGUGGCACAUUCCUGCCCACACCAGCACAGAACCAGGAGCUCUGAGCGUCAGGACUAGAGUGGCUGGGACCACUAUGCAGUGGCCAGCCCGGGCCCAGGGCCUGACAUACUACAUUGAGUGGCAACCUCGGGGCUGGGACGGAAGCCUCGCUGCCUACACCCUGAUCGCACCCCGGGACCGGAACCCUGCUGGCAUGGCAUCCCAUACCUGGAGCCAAGCAGCUGGGGCGAUGGGGCAGAAGACGUGUUAUCACAUCAUGAUCUUUGCCUCUGCACAUCCGGAGAAGCCCACCUCGUGGUCCACAGUCUUGUAUUCCUACCACUUUCGGGGCAAUGCCUCAGGAGCCGGGAGCCCACAGCACGUGUCGGUGAGGAAACUCAGCCGGGACUCAGUGUCCGUGGCCUGGACGCCGUCCCCACUGAGCCUCUGCCCUGGCGCCCUGAAGGAGUAUGUCAUGCGCUGCCAGAAUGAGGACAGCAACCAGGUGUCAGAGCUGUCUGUGAAGCCCACAGAGACCCAGGUCACCCUCGGCAGCCUGCAGGCUGGUGCAUCCUAUACUGUGCAGGUGCGUGCACACGCGGUGACGCAGUGGGGCGCCUGGAGUCAGCCCCAGCACUUUAGCAUCGAAGUCCAGGUCUCUGAGUUGUCGGAUUUGUCCAUAUUCCUAGUGUGUCUGGGGAGCUUUGUGAGCAUCCUUCUCCUGGGCAUCUGUGGGUACUUCAGCCUGAACAGGGCCGCACGGCACCUGUGGCCGCCCCUGCCCACACCCUGUGCCAGCAGCGCGGUCGACCUCCCUGGCAGCCAGGGGAAGCAGGUAAAGGCUCCUUUCCCAACUCCAGGUCCUGCUUAUUGGGUCCAUACUGCGGGCCCGGGCUCUGCAGGGUAAUGGCCAUACAUUAGCUCAUUUUUUUCUCCCCAACCCACUGAGGCAUGGACUCCAAACGCCUGUCCCGUUUUACAGAUGGGUGAGCAGUGGUUCACAGAGGAACCUCCCGUGGGUCAUUUCCUAGUAACAGA